AUGGAUAACUCUUCUUAUCCUGUGAUACUGACUCUUAUGGUGCCCAAAGAAUCAAAAUCAUUAAGGCACAUAUACUUUAUUUGUUUUCUUUUCCUUUAUUUGCUCAUACUGUCUUUAAAUUUUCGACUUAUUGCUGUCAUUGUCAUGGAGAAAUCCCUUCAUGAACCAAUGUAUAUAUUCAUGUGUAAUCUAUGUGUGAAUGUAAUGUAUGGAGCCUCAGGAUUCUACCCUAUAUUUUUGUAUAAUUUGAUUUUGGAUUCAUAUGUCAUUUCCUCUCACAUGUGUGCUUUUCAAACCUUUGUCAUAUACAGCUCUUUAAUGUCUGAGGUUACAAUAUUAACAGUCAUGUCAUAUGAUAGAUAUGUAGCCAUAUGCAGACCUUUAGACUAUCAUUCAAAAUUAACUAAAAGCACCUGUGUGAAAUUAAUUCUGUUUUCCUGGAUUGUACCAAACUGCUAUGCAGUUCCAACAAGCCUUUUAGCAAACUUAAGGACGUUUUGCAAAUAUCACAUUGACAAAUUAUAUUGUGACAACUGGUCAAUUGUAAAACUAUCUUGUGCAUCACCUUUUGUUAAUAAUCUUUUUGGAUAUUUAAGUAUUGUCACGUUUACUUCUUUUGUAGUUGUUAUCAUAGUGUCAUACAUUAAACUCAUUGCUGCAUGUAAAGCAUCUUUAGAAAACAGAAAAAAAUUCUGGCAAACCUGUUUACCACAUAUAAUAUCACUGAUCAAUUUCAUUUGUGCUUCUCUUUUUGAUGUCAUGUAUAGCAGAUACGGUGCUAAUGAUAUUCCAGAGAGUUUACGGCAUUUUCUGGCUUUAGAACUGAUUAUAGUUCCUCCUGUUGUUAAUCCUCUAAUCUAUGGGUUAAAUAUUAAGGCAGUGCGUGAAAGAGUUUUGCCUUCAUGUCUGUCGAUUGUAGUCAUCGAUAAGGCGGUGAUCCAGUAUGUCCCGAGCAGGAACCCACCUUCUCUCCUCUGGACCGUAACCCUCCCAAUUAACCAAGUACUGAAAUCCGCGUCCCCUCCAUCUGGAGUCCAGAAUACGGUUAACCGAAUAAGUGAGGGUGGGAGGGCGGUAAUGAAAUCUAGCGAUAUAUGGGACCAGGGUCUCGAAGGGACAGACAACGGUAAGAGUAACCGAUCAGGAGGUCGAUUGGAAGUCUUACCAGUUGCACAAACCGAACAAAAUCGUGGACGAAGUCGUAGACGUCACGAGCCAUACCAGGCCACCAAAAUCGUUGCUUGA